GUUCGCUGGAGUACUGGCAACGACGACGACAGCGACGACGAUGAGCAGUGCAUACCCCAUCGCGCAGUCGAGGCCAUAUAUCCCCCACCUGCGCUCGCAGUGUGGAAGCUGCGAUAUUCCACUUGAAUUCCCCGUGCCCUCUCCGAUACCGUCACAGGGAACUUUGAUUCGUGUCCGGUGUUGCAGGUGUCAGACAGUGUAUCAGCAUGCCUUCUAUCCUAUACAACUACCAGCGGGUCUAUCCGUUACUUCAUCUCCCACUGCUGGCUCGUCGAAUGGGCCGAGCGGGCAAAGCUCCGCUACUAAUAAGAAAGGACGCAAGAUUGGCACACAAGAGAAGCCGCUAGAAACCGGUUACUAUGACCUACUGGGCGUACCUGUGGAUGCAUCCACAGAAGAUAUUAAGAAGUCAUAUAGGCGAUUGGCCAUCAAGCACCAUCCGGACAAGAACCCAGAUGAUCCGAACGCGGAGGAACGCUUCAAGGAAAUCGCAAUAGCCUACCAAACCCUCUCAGACCCCAUCUUACGCAAGAAAUACAACGAGUUUGGACCAAAAGAAAGCCAACCCGAAGGCGGAUUCGUCGAUCCAGAGGAAGUAUUCAGUGCAAUAUUUGGGGGGGAACGCUUCGUCCCGAUCAUCGGCCACAUUAGCCUCGCCCGGGACAUGAAAACUGCUUUGCAGGAGGCCGAGGAAGCUGAAGAGGCGGAAGGAAAGGAAGUAAAGCGCGACGCAAAAGGUAAAGAAAUAAUCUCAGACGAGGAGAAGGCGCGUCGGGAAGAAAAGGAGAGGAAAGCCGAUGCCGAGAAAGCUGCGGCCCGUGCUGAGCGGGUGGGGAAACUCGUGGAGAAUCUGGAACGCAAGCUUGCGAUUUUCACCGAGUCUGCGACGGGUCCCGACGAUAACAACGUCGUCAACAGUUGGCGUCAGCUAUGUCAGAUGGAGGCUGACGAACUCAAGAAAGAAUCGUACGGCGUUGAACUGCUGCAUGCCGUAGGAUUCGUCUACCUGUCCAAAGCAAAGUAUUACCUGGCCUCGAACCAGACGCUGUUCGGUAUGGGUGGCUGGCUACACAACGUUCAGGGCAAAUACCACGUGUUCAGUGAAACUGUGUCGACUCUUCGGUCGGCUAUAGAGUUGAAGAGCGUAUUCGAUCAGAUUCAAGCAGCGGAGAAGGCAGGAAACAUGACACCCGAGGAGAAGAAACGCCUCGAGGAACAGGCUGCCGAGAAGGGCCUACAGGCACUAUUCAAGGGGACCAAGCUCGAGAUCGAGUCGGUCCUGCGUGAGACGUGUGACCGCGUAUUGGGAGACACAUCCGUUCCGCGCACCAAGGCUCACUCACGAGCCGUCGCACUACAGAUUUACGGAGAAGUAUUCGUUUCCGUGAAGAAGGAUUCAGAUGAUCACCCUAACGAGGAUGAGUACGUCAGAGUGGAGACUAAGAGCAGUCGGGAGAGAGGUCGCCAUCGCGCCCAUUGAGCCCAGCUUUAUUGUAUAUUUUGUGUGGCUUUCUCUCUCUCUCUCUCUCUCUUCAACACGUCAGUCCACACUCAUGCACACGUCACACUUAUAGCUCCUCUGCUAAUCCUGUACACACCAUGCCUUAUAGUACACGUGCCAUCAUGCAGUCCCCUGCGCUUUGAGAGGCCUCCGUACACGAGCCAGUUUGGUGUAAGUGCCAACCAUUAUCAUGCCCUUUUACAGGUUUCUGAGGGGCUGAGGUUCCGAAGAGAGCACCUUAUGACAGUGGGUGGUCAAGUUAUAACGCA